AUGACUGCAACUCUACAAGAUGCAGAUCCGGAUCCGGCGAAGUUCGAGGCUGGGGCGAUGUCGUAUCGUGUGUCGUGUCGGUCGUCCGGUCGUGUGUCCUACGACGUGACUCCGGCGACACGACCGCAAGUCAUCGUGGCUGUACCGCGGAGUGAAGACAAUAAUCUUGUAAUUAAAUACACAGUAAUCGAAAGCAACGCAAAAGAGGGUUAUUUUCUGAUAGAUAAAAAUAUAUCUUACACGGUAUGGAGUUCUAUGUUAAACAUCGAUGGUAGUCCGACUAAAUGGAGAAGAGGACCGGACAUCGAAACUUGGGAGGAUUAUCAGAGCAAUCUAGACAAUCAGACGUAUAACAUAACCUAUGAGUUCCUUACAGAACAGUACGGGAGAGACAAACAAAUUGAUGUGAGAGUAUCGUGGGAUAAAAUUGAUGAUUUGGACACGUGCUUCAGCGUGGAUAAUGAAUGCAAAGGGAAAAUUCAAGGGGAUAUUUAUACCAAAGAGAUUAAGCCAUCCGAGUCGCGAUCAGUGAUCAUACGCGCAUUGUCUCUGAGCGACGACUGCAAAUUCAGGGUUCACGGAGCGCAUGGGAUAACCAUCCUCGCCUACAGAACCCCCUCCUGCGAACAGCUGGAAGGCUGCGUCCCUGAACUGAAGGGGGUCCAGAACCUAACGCUGGAAGCUACAGAGGAGGAUGACGCGUGGUCGGUGCGCGUGACAUGGCUGGCCCCAGAUUGGGCGCCAACACACUACAACGUCACGCUGCGAGCGAACUACACGUACAUCGCUAUUGUUCCGGGUAAUGUCACCGAAGUUUUAUUCACGGAGGUGGUGGGCGACGAAUCCUACGAUGUGGUGGUCACCGCGAUCGAGGGCAAGAAUACAAUUGACAGGAGUAAAGGAGCAAAAUUCCCACCUCGUUCCCUACAAGAGGAGGGUGUGCCCAUGGCGGUGAUAUGGCUGCUGGCCAGCUGUUCCCUCACGGCGCUCACCUGUGCUGCUGUAUGCUGGAGGAAAAAAUUCACCUACAAGAAGAGAAACUUGUACUUCUCCGAGUUGGACAAGAUGGCGGUGGACGAGAACUCGGAAUGGGUGGAGGACCAGUGGGAGGUGCGGCCGGAGCGGCUGGCCCUGCACGAGGUCAUCGGCGAGGGUGCCUUCGGCGUCGUCAGGCGAGGCACACUGGUCCCGUUCAAGGACGUCGCGGUUAAGAUGCUUAAAGAUUUCCCAUCUGCGGAAGAGAUCCGGUCGUUCCGUGGCGAGAUGGAGCUGAUGAAGAGCGUGGGCGUUCACCCUCACAUCGUCAGCCUGGUGGGAUGCUGCAGCGGCCGUCGACCGCUUAUCCUAGUGGAGUACUGCAGCCGAGGGGAUUUGCUGACCUUUCUCAGAUGUUCCUGGGAUAUAAUGAUGACGAAGCGCAACGCGAAAUACUACAAUAACAACAACAAAAUAGACUACCGAGUCGAUCACAUGAGGCACGCCGACUCGAAGCUGGUGGUUAACCACCUAUACGACAUUCAAGGAACCUGCGAUUCUGAGCUCACUCUACUCGACCUUCUAUCCUUCUGCCGCCAAAUUGCCAUGGGCAUGGAGUUUCUGGAAUCCAACCGAGUUGUCCAUAGAGAUUUAGCUGCGAGGAACAUUCUAGUGACUGAGAAUAGAACGCUGAAGAUCGCAGACUUUGGACUAUCCAGAGACGUGUAUCAGGAGAACCAGUACAAGCAAAAGGGAAAUGGGAAAAUGCCUGUCAAGUGGAUGGCCCUAGAAUCAUUGACGCAUAGAAUAUACACCACGCAUAGUGAUGUCUGGUCGUUCGGCGUGGUGAUGUGGGAGAUCCUGUCCCUGGGCGGAGCACCGUACGCGGCCGUCAGCGCCGCGCGCCUGCCGCGCCUGCUCGCCGCCGGCUACCGCAUGCCCAGACCGCCCAACUGCACGCCAGAGCUGUACGAGCUGAUGCAGUCGUGCUGGGCAGCGCGGCCGCGGUCGAGGCCGUCGUUCGCGGAGCUGCACGCGGCGCUCGACGCGGCGUUGUGCGCGCGCGCCGACCACUACCUGGCGCUCGCGCCGCCCGUACACCGCACGCGCGCGCGCACGCUGCAACUGGCUAGAAACACAUUAUCGUGGGUCCGUAGCAAAAGCUACGAGCGACCACAAGCCACCAGUAACCAUUAUACUGUGCCCCCUGUCGCCACACACCUUACUGCCGAUAUGAAGAUACCUUAGGUAAGACACAGAGUGGAGCAGGGAUAUAAAAAGAUGAGGAAAGUCAGCAAUAAACAUAUAAAGAAACAGGUGAUGAG